AGGGAAAGAAGCUGGAGGAGCAGUUAGUUCCACCACAGUUCAUCCUCAGCAGAUGUCCUUACAACUUCUCUUGCAAAUGUUUGACUUCUGGAAACUCACAGAAAGAGGUCUUCUACUAUUUAUCGGCUUCACAUUGAUACAAAGCCAUGAAGUCAAUCGCGUCGCCAUCGGCUCCAAUAUAACAUUUUCUUUUAAGCCGUGCAAACUGAACACACUCUACAAGAUCCAUCAUGAUCAUGUGGCCAUCCACAUCCCCUGCAAUUACAGUUAUCUUAUACCUGAUAAGUAUGAAGGAAGGGUCAGUGUGAAUGAAUCCACCGGACGGGUCACCAUAAGCAAUAUAACCAAGAGGGAUGGCGGCAUUUAUACUCUGGAAUACAGGAACGGCAAUGGGGUUAAAGAAUCAUACCACCAGAUCGGAUAUGAGGUUCAUGAUCUUGUCUGGAUCAAGGAGCUAUCCCGGAACGACACGGGGGCAACCAUAUCUUUUACUGUUGUCUGUGAUGGAGAACCGGAUGCAGUUAACUGGACCAUGGAUGGAGAAGACCUGAGAGACGGGAGCUGGCUGAGCCAUGAUAACCGGACACUCACCGUUCCGAACAACAUCACUGCCUCGUUCACAGUUCAUGUCUCCAAUCUAGUCAGUGCGGACAGCAAAAAUAUUACUCCCAUAAACGAUCUCAAAGGAAAAUCCAAUCCUUUGGGGGUCGUCAUGUACCCGAACAUUACCAGAGUGAUAUGGGCCGAUGGCGGAGGCCGACCCAGCAAUCAGACACUCAUUCUCUCGAGGAAUGUCACCAACCUCUAUGUCCUGACCCCGUCAGAGGUAAUACUUCGCCAGGACAGAAAUCGUAGAUUGAGAUUCUUCAUCAUCCUACCAGUCCUUUCCAUCUCACUUCUGGCGACUAUUGCAUUUAUUGGCCUCCUCGUCCAUUGUCGAUAUUCUCACAAGGGGUCCGCUGCUACAGGAAAUACAUAAACCAGACGUGUUCCUCCCUUUUUAAAAAUUUUUUUAUUAGCAGAAUGUUUUAAUUUAAUAUACCGUAAUGUUUUUAUACACUUAUUUAUUGAGAGAAAGUUGUGGCAUUUGGGGGGGGGCUGUGAACCUCUAACCUGGAGGUUUGAAGCAUUAUCGACUAGAAGAUCCCCAGGACGAAUGGAGAUGCCUCAUUGAUUGAAGCUGGAUGGCCAUAAUUGAACGCCAAAUGGAUCAACAAUCUGGGAGAAGAGACGACCCAGAAACAGAAUGGUUACACUGAAAGAUGAGGUGGAGGAUGAAGACAUGGAAACACAGGAUCAGUCAAAUCUUUAGGGUCUAGACAUAAAAAAGGGAAUAGGAUUGUCUGAGAAUUGAUCUUAAAGGGCUUCUGUCACCCCACUAAAGUCAUAUAUAUUUUUUUGGCUAGUUAAAUUCCUUAUACUGCGAUAUAUGA